AUGAGCAUCGAUCCUGGUGUUGUUUACGCGCUCGCUGCCUUUGUCACGUGGGGUCUCUACCCGCUCUACUGGAAGCAACUUUACGGUAUUCCCGACCUCCAGCUCGCCAUGCACCGGAUCGUGUGGGCCUUUGUCGUCCUCGCCGGUAUCCUUACGUACAAGCGGCAAUGGACCGAGCUCAAGCGGGGUGUCUCGAGCUGGAAGGUGCUCGGCACGUACGCACUCUCGAGCGUCUUUAUCUUUACCAAUUGGUACCUCCUCGUGUGGGCCAUCAACGCCGGCUACAUUGUCGAGACGAGCCUCGGCGUCUUCAUCAACCCGCUCAUCAACGUCAUUUUUGGCGUCCUUAUCUUCAAGGAGACGCUGUAUCUGUGGCAGUGGGUCUCGAUCGGUUUCGCGUGCUCGGGUGUUGUCGUCGUCGCGGUGGCGUACGGCAAGCUCCCGUGGAUUGCGCUCACGAUGGCAUUGACCUUUGCCCUCUACGGCUUGAUCAAGAAGCAAGCGCCAUUGAAUGCACUCCACGGCAUGGUGCUCGAGACCUCGAUUCUCUUUCCGAUCGCGCUCACGUACCUCAUCGUCGUCGAGUGCCAGGGCUCGGGCGCGUUUGGCCAUGUCGACGUCGUCACGGACGUCCUCCUCAUUGGCGGCGGUGUCGUAACGGUGGUGCCACUCCUCUGGUUUUCGCUCGCGGCGCAGUUGAUCCCGCUCAGUCUUCUUGGUGUGAUGCAGUACAUCCAGCCAACGCUGCAAUUCCUCCUCGGCACGCUCGUGUACAACGAGCCGCUCUCGAUGUUCAAGCUUGCGGGGUUUAUCCUCGUGUGGGCGGCGCUGAUCACGUAUACGGUCGAGGGCUUUGUGCGCCGGUACAGUGACGUCAAGGUCGAACAAAUAACCAUGGUGCGAACCCCCGUGUCCGAAGCCAGCGACGUGCCCUUUGAGAACGCCGAGGACGCCGUGUGAUCGCCGUCGCCGCCAAAAUAAAAAUAUAUAAAUAAUUGUUUGAAUGUGA